AUGUCGAAGAUUCCGGCACAUCCAAAGCCGAGGAAGUUGUUCCUUCCCAUCCAAAGGCGACUUAUGAUCCUUAUGUUGCAUCCCUCGUCAGCUCAGAAACUUGCAGAGGCCAACAAGCGUGCCGACACACUUGCUCACCAACUAGAGCACAGUGAGGCGGCUCGCGAGAAAGCCGAACUUGCCGCUAGCGAAGCUAAAGCUGAGGCUGAUGAUGCCAAAGCAAAGGCUGCUAGUGUCGAGGAACUGCAGAAAAGGCUCAAAGAUGCUGAAUCUGCCUUAGAUGAGCAGAAAACUGCACAAGCUGCACGUGAGCAAGGGAUCAUCAAGCGUUUGAAGUCGCAAAGUCGACCCCAAACAAACCAAGAUUUUGAUCUGGAGAAUCCCGUCAAUGACCCUCUCCUUGACGCACUUUCUCUUCUGGAGUUUCAUGGGCGUGAAAUUCGUGAAGGCGUGGCCAAUGCCAGUGCAGGUUUGUCGGCGUUGUUCCCCUACUUCUUCCCGAAGAAAGAGGAACCUUCGACUUUCCUUGCCCUUGCCAAGCUUUUCAAUUCGUCGGAAGACCUUGGAUUGAAGAUGCGUCAGGAGAAUAUGAAGGUUGCUGUCGAGAAUACUGUUGCCCUGGUUGCUGACAGCCAACAGAUGCUUGAUUGGAUGAAGGUUGGCGACACCGAUCAGAUAGAGCAGUCGAGAUGGAGGUCGCUGAUCAAGGCAGCCAAGCCCAACACGAAGAAGAUCUUGGCGUAUCUCGGGAUCAAGCCAUCUUCGACUCCUAGCUCCUCGAGGCCGGAGGUCUAGUUGCAUGCCUCCUUGUUUCUUUUUCUGUUUCUUUUGCUCUUGUCGCCAUUUUAGCCUUGGCGACAAUUACCCUCUUAGUCCCCCUGGAAAACUUUCUUUUGUAAUGUCUGUGUAAAUUUUCUAGCAAGUAAUGAAAUUCCUCU